UCUCAAAGCUUUGGGAAAAAGCUAAGAGCCACUACCGAUUUCUCCGGCUUCACAAAUUCCUUGUCGGAUUUCUUAAAAUAAUAAUUACUUUGGUGUCUAUGAUUUACGAAUGUGUUCAUCGACGCAGAAAAUACAAUUGAUGUGUUUGUAAAGUUUGUAGCAACGCUUGUUGGUUUCUUGUUAAGAAGGAAGAACGCAUUCAGGCUAUGUGGCUCCCUGAUUAGCUCCAUAAUUUCAUUCUCAAAUCACGGCGAGUUUAAUCGGGGGAAAUUACCAGAAAGCACAUUGAAGGAUGACCGAAUACAAACUGGUGGUUGUAGGAGCUGGUGGUGUUGGGAAGAGUGCUCUGACUAUUCAGCUCAUCCAGAACCACUUUGUCGACGAAUAUGAUCCUACAAUCGAGGAUUCUUAUAGGAAGCAGGUGGUAAUCGAUGGGGAGACAUGCCUGUUGGACAUUUUGGACACUGCAGGUCAGGAGGAGUACAGCGCCAUGAGGGACCAGUACAUGAGGACAGGAGAGGGUUUCCUCUGUGUGUUUGCCAUUAACAACAUCAAAUCUUUUGAGGAUGUACACCUUUACAGAGAGCAGAUAAACCGCGUAAAGGACAGCGAGAAUGUUCCCAUGGUCCUGGUGGGGAACAAGAGCGAUCUGAGCACCCGCUCCGUGGAGUCGCGGCAGGCCCAGGAGCUGGCUCGCAGCUACGGUAUCCCUUUCGUGGAGACCUCUGCCAAAACACGACAGGGUGUGGAGGAUGCCUUUUAUUCCCUUGUGAGGGAAAUCAGAAGAUACAAGGAGACGAAUCGCAGCAACAAGAAGAGCAAGAAAAACACACAGAGACGUUGCACUUUGCUAUAGCACCGCAUUACUCAUCUCCACUGAUGACAUCUUAUCAUACCAUACACACAGACACACACACACACCACCCUGCUAUAGUGUUUUACAUAUGCUGACAUCCUCAUAAACCCCUUCUAUAGCACAGUGUGCAUACUGCAUGCACACAACCUCUGUUUGCAGCAGAACACACACAUACUGUACAUGUACACAGAAAGACUUGUUUUACACACAUUGCUGAUUUAAGUGUCUAAUGAGUUCAGAGAGAGACAUACACACAAAAUUACAGAAUGAAGACUGGCACAAUGGUUUUGUCUGUGGCCCAUUUCCAUCCCAGAUUGACUUCCAAGACUUUGACUCAAAACAGUGAGUGACUAGUGACUAGAGAUUUUUGUUCCAAGUUCAGGUCUGUUCCAUUGAUUUCAGCUGCUGACCGUGGCCCAAGCCCCAUGGCUUUUGAUUAACAGCUAGCCAGAAUAUUACAAUCAUCAUGAACAAACUUGUUUGUAAGGAUCUGUAAUCCUCCUGACUGAUGAUUGGAGUGACUUGAGUGAGGCGUAGGUGCAAGAGAAGGCACAUCUUGGUUAGUUCUAUUGAAAUGUUAUAGGAAUACCGGUCCAAGACGAGGGAAAUUUCAACUGCUUCUGUGGACGGACCUGUACUUGUACAAUUUUGUUGUACAAGUUUGUCCCCAACUGUAUUUAAUUGGGGUUCGCUUUUAUCAUGACCAAUCCUCUCCGCGCGGUCGGAAAGCUACUGCAUAAAUUACUCCCUUGGGUGACUGUUCUAUGCACCACCUUACGGUCUUAUUUUGGGCUUUAAAUCAGAGGACAUGCAAAGGAUUACUGUUGUAGUCGUGCCAACCUUGCAGUCUGAUCGUGUCCCUAAAGAGGAACUGUGAUGUGCUGGAAUGGGACUUUGAAAAGAAAGGAAGUAUGUUUUUGUAGUAGUUGAGUAUAUUUUGCCAUUACUGGCUUGCCAUUCCCGCUUGCCAGCAGAACAGUUCUGCUUUGUCAUUUUUGAAGUGUCUCAUUUUUCCCCUUUUUUUUUUUUUGGGAGAGCUAAGAGGUCACUUUGUUGUUUGUCUCUGGCCAUUGCCCAACUACUGCUGAUUAGAUCUGUUAUGCGAGUUCACAAACUAGCAGGUGCACCUGGCCUGGUCAAUGGCCUUAGACCUGGAGAAGACACACUCUCACUGUGGUGGGGAUGUAUUGUAGAGACAUCUACCAGCUUUCCCUUAAAAAUGUUUAAUAAUGUACUUUGAUCCAGCUCUUAAACUUGAAUCAUUGUGCACCUAUUGAAAUAAAACCUGGAUUUUUGGUUCUAAGGGCUCAUCUGCUCAUCCCAUGGGUUGCAUGGGACAGUGAUAAGAGGACAGAAAGUGAGUGUUGCACAUGUUUCUAACGCCCAGCGGGAAGUUCUGUGGAACUGUGCGGUUAGCGAGUAUUUGGUUGAAUACUUCCUCAAUCCUCACAGCGUGAAAUGUAAAUUGAGUGAGCAUGACUGGAAGGCAAGAGCAGAGGGUGGAUGGUGUGAGAAUGUGUCAGUGGGAGUGACCUUUAUUCAGCCGUGUCCCACCUUUGCUUCUUUUUGAACAUCUAGGCAAGGCGAUUCCCAAAAGGAGAGGUGAAAUUUGCCACUGAAUUCUGGGGGGAAUCUGGAAUUUGGCUUUCUUAUGAGUUAGAAUACUACUGUGUGAAUGCUAUUAAUGUGGGAACGUGAGGUGUUGUGUGUUUGUAAGGGCACUCGGUCAGCUGACCUCAGAAUCAUGUGACUCAAUGUCUGUAGAGUAGUUUUAGUGUUCCCAUGGCUGCAACAGGACCCAUGGACAGUUUCUAGGAAAAGGACAUCAGUUUUGCCAUGGGAUCCAAACCUAAAACAUUCCUCUUAGAGUGAUCAGAUGUUGUAGCAACCUUUGUUUGUGAAUAAAAAACACAUUUUUGGAUAACUAA